AGGUAACACACUAUUUUCCUUUUCUUUUUGUGUAAGGAUUCUGUUUUUUUUCACGAUGUCAUGUCUCCUCUUUACUCUCGUUCGAAUCUCUUCUGUCUAGCGAAGUUCUCGUCUCUCUGUUCCUUGUCCCUUUAUUUUCAUUAAAACAGAUCUUCCAAUAGAUGGAGAAGGGAGAAUCAACAAGCACGUCCUACUCAGACACAAACGGAUCAUCACCAAACGAACCAGACCACGACUUCGAAUGCAACAUCUGCUUCGAGCUAGCUCAAGACCCCAUCGUCACUCUCUGCGGCCACCUCUUCUGCUGGCCUUGCCUAUACCGCUGGCUCCACCACCACUCCCACUCCCAAGAAUGCCCCGUCUGCAAAGCCCUCGUCCAAGACGACAAGCUCGUCCCUCUCUACGGCCGCGGCAAGAACCAGACCGACCCUAGGACCAAACGUUACCCUGGGAUGCGGAUCCCAAACAGACCGGCCGGUCAGAGACCCGAGACCGCCUCUCCUCCUCAGCAGCAGCAUCCUCAGAACAACGAUGCGGCUAGUAACUUUUUCAACUACGGUAUUGGUUUGAUGGGUGGGUUUAUGCCGAUGGCGACUACUAGGAUUGGGAACUUCAGCUUUGGGGUUGGUGGGUUGUUGCCUUCCUUGUUUAACUUUCAGUUCCACGGGUUUCCGGACGCGGCGAUGUACGGCACCGCGCCUGGUUACCCUUUUGGUGGCGGUUACCAUAACGGUUUCCGUGGGGUUCCUUCUGGUAACAACAAUGAAGCGACGCCUGGUGGAGGGCACCCAAGCGAUGCAGCUCUGAAGAAUAUCUUAAUUGUCGUUGGAAUUUGCGUGCUCUUAUUCCUUUUAUUGUGAAAACAACAGAGAUUCAGUUUGGUUUUUUAUUUCCGGGUAUGUGGUUUGAACAAUGUCUGUAUAUACGGUAAUAGCCUGAGAAUGUGUCUGCUUUCUCCUACGUUUGUUUUUGCUAUUUGAAGAAGAAACUUGGCUCUUCUAUACACUGACUCGUUUUUAUCUUAUUUGCUUUUGUGCUGUC